UUUUUUCCGGGUUCGGAGCCAUUCCGGAUGCUUUAGGCUGCCGGAUGUCUGAUCUCCGGAUAACUGAGGCGUUUCUGUACAUGGAUUAUCUGUGUUUUCGAGCACUUUGCUGCAAGGGACCACCACCUGCGCGCCCUGAAUAUGAUUUGGUUUGCAUAGGUCUCACAGGCUCUGGGAAGACCAGUCUGUUGUCCAAGCUCUGCAGCGAAAGCCCAGAGAACGUUGUGUCAACCACAGGUUUUAGUAUAAAGGCAGUGCCAUUCCAGAACGCCGUUUUGAAUGUAAAAGAACUCGGAGGAGCUGAUAAUAUCCGGAAAUACUGGAGCCGCUACUACCAAGGAUCUCAAGGGGUAAUAUUCGUAUUAGACAGCGCCUCUUCAGAGGAUGAUUUAGAAACCGCUAGAAAUGAACUGCACUCCGCUCUCCAGCACCCACAGUUAUGCACUUUACCCUUUUUGAUAUUGGCCAAUCAUCAAGACAAGCCAGCAGCUCGCUCAGUACAAGAGAUCAAAAAGUAUUUUGAACUUGAACCCCUGGCUCGUGGGAAACGCUGGAUUCUGCAGCCCUGCUCUCUGGAUGAUGUGGACGCACUGAAGGACAGCUUCUCCCAGCUCAUAAACUUGUUAGAAGAAAAAGACCAUGAGGCCAUGAGAAUGUGAGACCUGACACAAAAGUUCCAGGAAAGCCUUGAACCCAACAUGUUCGGUCCCCAUCCAGAUUCCGUGUUGGUGUCGAGACUGGCCUGGCUUCGGUAUCUGUUUUCCUCUAGCUAUUUCAGACUUUCAUCUCUCUAUUACCGUGACUAUUUUGUGAGUCAGGUGGAUUAUCAUCGGCAUUAACGUCAAGUACACACUACUGAGAGAGAAUUGAUUCUCUGUUUACCACUAGUUAUCUUCACCGCAUGUCUCUUCCUCCUGUUGGUCUGAGAAUCUCUUCUCUGCUUUGUGCUAAAGUGAUUGGAACUCACCGCUCAUGGAAAUGAAACCCCUUCUGAAGACCUCAGAAAGUCUCACAUGUCUUCGCUAACUUUCCUGGACUUGGGAUUGGAGGAUUCUAUCUGAGACUCCACACAAUGUAUAUGCCAUGGACAUUUCCAUGAUCUCUUAGGGGUUGGAGUUUUUACAUUUUAUUUUAUCUCGUCUGGUUUUCAUAUUAUUUUCUUGUGUGUGUGAGGAUAUUGACUUUGUAGGCUGAGUGGAAAAUGGCCACCCCAAACUUCACCUAAUCAUCUUCUCUUAAUACCGGCUCUGAAAGAUCUAGAAAGGAGGCAUGCAAGAAUUGCUUGAUCCUGCCUGCAGCUGUGUCCCCUUCCUUAGAAGGAGGACAUCCUAGCUGAAGGAGUGGGAGCCAAUUUAGGCAAGAACAGGCAUCACUAAUUUGAAUUUGAUCAACUCCUCAAAUAUUUCUUAAUGGAGUCAUUAGUCUACAUAAAACUGAGGUGUAACAUAAGCAUUUGCCAUUCCUAAAAAUCAGAAAUAUUUGAAUGAAAUCUGGAAAAUGGCUUUUCAAAUAAUAAACAUAACAGGCCAAAGUAUAAUUCUCGGUUAAGACUUAAGCUGGCAUGGCUUUGAUGAAGCUCAAAGA